AUGCCUUGCUUCAAGGGCCUUGCGGUCAGUAUACACACCCCCGAUGGCCCCAUCUCUGAGUUUUCGGUGCAGAAGCAGUCGCGUCAGAGUCGUAUAUCCACAUACAUACCAGUCCCUCCUGCGAAAGUCCCCUUCGGUUCCUCCACCGGCAAGCCAGAGCAGUCCACCUUUGCCAUCAGCAUAACCCUGCUCACACCGGGGCUGAACGUGCCCUACUCGACGCCCAAAGCUACGCCAGAUGAUCCGUACCCCAAGCCAAGAGUGGUCGGUGGACUGCCAGGAAACACAGGCGAACGGGGCAAGUUCAGCGCCUCAAUACCACCCUACAUCCCACGCACCACCAACCCAAACGAGACGAUUGCUGCCUACAUCUACUUCGACGGACGAGCGAAAGAGGAAGUCGCGACACUCUUGCGGCGAGGCGAAGAGACGUGGGUGAACUCGAGGUGGGUCAGCGUGCCAGCGUCGGAAGGUGGGGGCCUGGCAGAACGCGAGUUCCUGUUUCGAGAGGUAGGACUGGAGAGAUGGCUUAAUGGGCUUGAUUUGGAAGGCAGCAGCAAGGACAAGCAGGACCGGAUUGAGAAGCGGCAGCGCAGACUAGAGAAGGCACGCCGAAAGAGGAAAGAGAAGGAGGGCGCCAACAGUGACAGCGAAGAUGGCGAGAGAGAUGACGCUACCAAGCGGACAAACGGAGUGCUCCGUUAUGGCGGUGACGGCAGUGCACCCGUCGAAGACAUUGACAACGACGAAGGACUGUUCGACUCAGACAACAGCGACUCCGACGAUGAGCCACCACAACCGGAAGCUGCAGGCCAGAUCAAGGUUGCCCUCUUUCGCGUACUUGCGAGUGGUGAGAUCAAGCGAGGAGAGUACUCCCCACAGUUUGACGCACACGAUGACGACGAGAACAUGGAGCAGAACGGCAACGGCGAGGGAGGCGAUGCAGAUGUCGACCACACCACGAGCUUUGCCAAACCCAAAACAUUGGACCCAAAAACUAUCAGCACUCAGACAGUAACCGGCUUGGACCCUCCAGAGUCGCCUUACGCCGUGUUCACAUUCUUCUACCGAGGCGAGAAGCAGCUACGCAAGAUGGGAAUGCUUGAGACACAAGAAGCAGAGAAAACGCCGCAGUCAACCAAGCGGAAGUCGUCAGGGCCAGACUUUUCGAAGCUCGGUCCGCUCAAGUCACAAGGCACCAUCGGCUACUCGGGCUACAGAGAACGAAAAGCGAAAGACAGGGACGUUGACGCCAUGGACAGUGACGAUGAUGACGAGGACGACGAGAGGCUGCCAAACGGACCCGAUGAUAACGACGUCAAGCAAGAGCAUGGCACCAAUCACCUGUCUCCGGAAGAUGCCAAGCGCAUACGCGAAACUGCCGAGGGUGUAGGCAAGAUCAAGCUUAAGAGACAGCAUUCUGCUGAUCCGGUCAACGACCAGAUGAAAAAGUCACCGCACCUCAAGACGGAGGAGGCUUCUCCUGUCGGCACACCGAAGUCCAUCACCAGCACUGGCGCCAAUGCUGGCACACCACCUGAUAGCCUGUCACCCGGUCCCGAUGCAGAAGCUCUAGCCAGCCCAUUCAAGCGCCACAGAGCAAGCAUGCCUGGACUGAAAAACAGCUUCGGAUCCCUUGGCUCGACUCCCAACGAAGCCCAACUGCCCGCGACAUCAAUGUCCGAUGCGCCGCCGAAUGAGAACGCGCAGCAGAGAGCAGCAUCCACACCAGAAGUCAAGCGAGACAUCCCGCCACCAACAUCGGAGACAUUGGAUGAAGAGUUGUGA